CAUUGCGUGUUGCUGCAUUGCUACGAGACAUCUCCGAGUCACGGCGAGCUUCAGUCCACGGGCAUCGUAGAAAAGCAAGCUAGACUGCCCUGUACAUCUUCAACGCUCCGGGUACAAACUACAUCGCCAUCCUAGUAACCUCACCCUCAUGGCCUCUCUAUCGAGGUUGUCGUCUCGCAUGAUGGCCUCCUCCAAGUCUUCCGGCGCCUCACAAAGGCUAGCUGCGCUCAGCCGUCAAUUCUCGUCUUCACCUGCAACGCAAUUCGAGGUCAAAAAACUUGGUGUUAUUGGUGCCGGACAAAUGGGUCUCGGGAUUGCCCUUGUCGCCGCCCAAAGAGCCGAAGUCCCUGUCACUCUCGUCGACAACUCGCAAGCCUCCCUCGACAAGGGGCUCGCAUUCGCCGACAAGCUCCUCGCCAAAGAUGUCUCGAAACAGAAAAUAACCGAGGAGAUCGCAAAAGCCACAAGAGACAGACUGAAAGCGACCACACAACUGUCCGACCUCUCAGACGUCGACAUGGUCAUUGAAGCCGUGCCCGAAAUCCCGUCCCUCAAGGAGAAGAUCUUUGCCGAGCUAGCGCAAGUAUGUCCCAAACACGCCAUUCUCGCUACGAACACAUCGAGUAUAAGCAUCACAAGAAUCGCGAGAGCUACCUCGAAAGACGUCACCGAUACAGCAGCCUCAUCACGUGUAGUGUCGACGCAUUUCAUGAACCCAGUCCCCGUGCAGAAGGGUGUGGAAAUCAUCUCGGGUCUGCAGACAUCGCCCGACACUGUAGCCGCGGCGAUCGCGUUCUGCGAGAAGAUGGGCAAGGUGUGCUCUGUUUCGGCGGAUAGCCCGGGCUUUCUCGCCAAUCGGAUAUUGAUGCCGUAUAUCAAUGAAGCUAUCAUCUGUCUCGAGACGGGUGUCGGGACGAAAGAGGAUAUCGACAAUAUCAUGAAGAAUGGGACAAAUGUGCCCAUGGGUCCGUUGACAUUGGCUGAUUUCAUUGGUCUGGAUACUUGCCUGUCGAUCAUGGAGACCUUACAUGCUGGCCUGGGUGAUAGUAAGUACAGACCGAGUGUGCUGCUGAGGCAGUACGUCGAUGCGGGCUGGUUCGGCAAGAAAAGCGGAAAGGGUUUUUAUGAAUAUAGAUAAAUCGAAAGCCCGUAACAAUAUAGUCUUGUUCCGGCGAAGUAGUCUCACACUUUUCUGGCGUUGAAGCUCAUUCUCGCGUCUUGCCCUUUAUAUUGGCUCG